AUGAAUAACUCCUUCCUUAUUUUGUUGGCUAAGUACUGCCCCUACACCCACACUAGACGCAUCUACCUCAACGAUAAAUGGUACCUCUGGACCAUCCUGAACUCCAUGCACAAGUACCAGCCCAGGUUCCACAUAGUCCGAGCCAACGACAUCCUGAAGCUCCCCUACAGCACCUUCAGGACCUACGUGUUCCCGGAGACAGAGUUCGUGGCUGUGACUGCAUACCAGAACGACAAGAUCACGCAGCUGAAGAUCGACAACAACCCGUUCGCCAAAGGAUUCAGAGACACCGGAAACGGCCGCAGGGAGAAAAGGAAGCAGCUGAGCAUGCCGUCGCUGCGGAUGUUCGAGGACCAGGCCAAGGCGGACCGGGACGGCGCGGACUCGGACGCCUCCUCCAGCGAGCCUCCGGCCGGCAGGGACGCGCUGCACUCCCCGCUGGACGCGGGUUCGAGCCCGCUGAGGUUCAGCAGGCCCAGCCGAGAAGAGAAAACGGACAGUGAGCAGGAGCUGGAGCCCCCUGAUGGUUCCAGCAGCCCCAGGACGGAGCCCGUGUCCCCCUACAGUUCCAGGUGUGAGGAGCGGGCGAGGGACCGGCCCCCCGGGGAGAAGGACGACGCCAUCUUCUGUAUAAAGAGCUCAGAGAAGGACAAAGUGGAGAGCAGGCACAGGAAAGACACCACAGACCUGUUGACGAAGAAGUCGGAUGCUGCUGGUGCCUCUAAAGAAUCCUUCUCCCCCCUGGUGGUCCAAACCGAGAGCCCCCCUCACUUCAGCCCCGGUCACUUACAGAGCUUGGCUCUGUCGGGCCUGCACAGUCAGCAGUUCUUUAGUCCUCUAAACGCUGGAUCGCCACUUUUGUUCCACCCAGGACAGUUCGCCGUGGCCCCCGGAGCCUUUUCUGCCAUGGGCAUGGGGCACCUGCUGGCCUCGGUGUCAGGAGCCGGGGGGUUGGAGAACGGGAGCCUGUCGGCCCAGGGUGCAGGAGGAAGUCCCGGCCCCUUCCCCUUCCAUCUCUCUCAGCACAUGCUCGCCUCCCAGGGCAUCCCCAUGCCUACGUUUGGGGGUCUUUUCCCGUACCCCUACACGUACAUGGCAGCUGCAGCCGCUGCAGCCUCGGCUCUCCCUGCGAGCAGCACCUCCAGGAAUCCCUUCCUGGGCUCGUCCCGGCCCCGCCUGCGCUUCAACCCCUACCAGCUGCCCGUGUCUCUGCCUCAGAGCUCCGGCCUGCUCAGCACCAGCCUGCCCGGGGGCCUCAACCUGAGCUCAGAGGCCUCCAAACCCGGCAGCAGGGAGAGCAGCCCGGCCCCAGAGCACCGCCCCAAGACGGGGGGAGCGAGCGAACACGCUGCGUCUCCCAAAACCUCCAUGAAGGACUCUGUGAACGAGCUGCAGAGCAUCCAGAGACUGGUGAGCGGCCUGGAGGGCCACAGGGAGCCCCCCUCAGGUGCAGAUUCUCCCAAGUGAUCAGGAUGUGGACCUGGCUUCAAGACCAGGGGACUGUAGGUGCAAAUGUCCUAACUGGGGGGGCGGGGUGUUUUGGCCAAUGAGUGUCAAAAAGACGAUUCCACACUCUGAGCAAAGCUGCAGGUAGACAGAACUGUGCGAGUGUGUGAAAGACCCACGUUUCCUGCAGAGCUCUGCAGCAGCGACGCUUCGGUUCAUUUACUGAGGUCAAAUUAGAACAAGUCCAAAUGUGCAAAACAUAAAUAAACAGGUAAACAACAAAACAAUAAAUAUGUGUAAAAGAUAUUUGAUGUAAAAAAUCCAACCACUUGAGUUCAAGUAUGUGAAAUAGUUAAACGACACUAAACAAAUUAAAUUUAUCAGAUGGUAGGGGUGAACCACAAGGAGCCUGCUGGGGCCCCUCUGCUUUGUUUGAGCAUCCGACCCUGUUUUGUUUUGUUUAGUUUUAUUUUAUUAUAUUUUAUUUUAUAUGAAGCCGAGCCUUGAACAGGAGCCGACAGGUCUGAUUAUUUCAAAAAGGGACAGAAGGUGAAAACUGCAAGAACAGACUUUUUUCAUUUCAUGCCAGAAAUAUUCUUUUAUUUAUGUAAUUGAAAUGUUCUGUAAAUAAAGCUAAGAUGAAGAAUAUGCAAUUGGUAUUAAUUUAUUCUAAACUGUACAUUAGCAUGUAAAUAUAUAUUUUAAAAUAGUUUUUUUUGUCCCCGCCCCGACAACCCCCCAUGUUUCACAAAACAAACUGUACAACGACACCAGUUGGCUCUUGUGGCUGAUUUUUUAUUUUUAGGAGACGAGUGGAGAAAAAGUUCAGCUCAGGUCAUUUUAGUGCAGAGCCGUUAGAAACGUGUUUAAAGAUGGAGUGUUCUGUUUGUACGAGUGUUUUCUUUUCUGCAGGGGGGGUCGUCACAUUUUCAA